UCCUUAUAUAAGGAGGAUACAAUAAACCCCACUAUCUCAUCCUUUCAGCUUCUUGUUCGCAGGUUUUAGGUCAAAACUAUAUUAGCGGUCGGUUAAAUCCAUCUAAAUACAGGUGAAAGGUCUAGUUUUCUAGAUCCUCACAAUGGCGACUUUUGCCAAACCUGAGAAUGCUUUGAAGCGAGCGGAAGAGCUGAUUAAUGUUGGGCAAAAGCAAGAAGCCUUGCAAGCACUUCAUGAUCUUAUUACAUCAAGGAGGUAUAGAGCAUGGCAAAAGACACAUGAGAAAAUAAUGUUCAAGUAUGUAGAGCUAUGUGUUGACAUGAGAAGGGGGAGGUUUGCCAAGGAUGGCCUAAUUCAAUAUCGUAUUGUCUGUCAACAAGUGAACAUUAAUUCACUGGAGGAGGUGAUAAAGCAUUUUAUGCAUUUAGCCACUGAACGAGCUGAACUGGCUCGCAAUCAAGCACAGGCCUUAGAGGAAGCUCUGGAUGUGGAAGAUUUAGAAGCUGAUAAAAGACCUGAAGAUCUUAUGUUGAGUUAUGUUAGUGGGGAGAAAGGAAAAGAUAGAUCUGAUCGUGAACUGGUCACACCCUGGUUUAAGUUCUUGUGGGAGACAUAUAGAACUGUUCUAGAGAUCUUGCGCAAUAACUCAAGGUUGGAGGCUCUGUAUGCUAUGACGGCGCACCGUGCCUUUCAGUUCUGUAAGCAGUACAAACGUACAACAGAGUUUCGUCGACUUUGUGAAAUCAUACGGAAUCAUCUGGCAAAUCUUAACAAGUGGAGAGACCAGAGGGACCGUCCGGAUCUGUCGGUUCCAGAAAGCCUACAGUUGUAUCUGGACACAAGAAUUGAGCAACUGAAAGUUGCAACAGAACUUGGACUUUGGCAGGAAGCCUUUCGUUCUAUUGAAGACAUCUAUGGACUGAUGUGCAUGGUCAAGAAAACCCCUAAACCAUCUUUGAUGGUUGUGUACUAUGGCAAGCUAACAGAAAUAUUCAGGAUGUCGUCAAAUCAUCUUUAUCAUGCUUAUGCAUGGCUCAAACUCUUCUCUCUUCAAAAGAGUUUCAAUAAGAACUUAAGCCAGAAGGAUUUGCAGUUAAUAGCAUCAUCUGUUGUUUUAGCUGCACUGUCUGUGUCUCCUUAUGAUCAGUUAUAUGGUGCAUCCCAUCUGGAGCUUGAAAAUGAGAAGGAGAGGCGUUUGAGGGUGGCCAAUCUCAUCAGCUUUGACGUUGAACCCAGAGCAGAGAAAAGAGAAGAGUUUUCCCGGUCAUCAAUUCUCUCGGAAUUGGUGUCCAAAGGUGUGAUGGCCUGUGUCACCCAAGAAGUAAAAGAUCUUUAUCAUCUGUUAGAACAUGAGUUUCUUCCUUUGGAUCUGGCACUGAAAGUGCAACCCUUACUGAACAAAAUCUCGAAGUUUGGUGGUAAACUAUCUUCGGCUUCUUCAGUUCCUGAAGUGCAACUGUCCCAAUAUGUUCCAGCAUUGGAAAAGCUUGCUACUCUGAUGUUGCUCCAGCAGGUUUCUCAGGUGUACCAGACAAUCCAGAUCGGUAACCUGUCUAAGAUGAUUCCAUUCUUUGACUUUGCUGGUAUUGAGAAGAUUUCUGUGGAUGCUGUUAGACAUAAUUUUGUAGCCAUUAAAAUGGAUCACAUUAAUGGUGCUGUCUUCUUCGGUAAACAGAGUAUUGAGGCUGAAGGACUCCGGGAUCACUUGUCACUUUUUGCUGAAUCCCUUAGCAAGGCAAGGUUAAUGAUCUAUCCCCCUGCGAAGAAAGUUGCCAAGCUUGGGGAUGCCCUCUCUAAUUUGGCGGAGAUAGUGGAGAAGGAGCACAAGAGACUCCUAGCGCGGAAAUCCAUAAUUGAGAAACGCAAAGAAGAGCAAGAGCGUUUACUCUUGGAAAAGGAACGAGUGGAAGAGUCAAAGAGGCGAGAACAUCAGAAGAUGACUGAAGAAGCCGAGCAAAAAAGGGUUGCUGCUGAGCUAGAGCAAAGAAGGAACCAGAGGAUUCUGAAAGAGAUAGAGGACCGAGAACUCGAAGAGGCCCAAGCAAUGCUGCAAGAAGCUGAAAAGCACAGCAAGAGGAAGAAGAAACCAGUCUUAGAUGGAGAAAAGAUGACCAAACAGGUUAUCAUGGAGUUGGCAUUGAAUGAGCAACUCAGGGGGAGGCAGGAAAAGGAGAAAAAAUUGCAGAAGUUUGCCAAAACAAUGGAUUAUUUGGAGAGAGCGAAGAGAGAAGAAGCAGCGCCUCUUAUUGAAUCUGCAUUUCAACGGCGUUUAGCUGAAGAGGCGGCUCUUCAUGAGCGUGACCAGCAGCAAGAGAUUGAAUUGAGCAAACAACGGCAUGCUGGGGACCUUGUAGAGAAGAGGAGGCUGGGCCGCAUGUUGGAGAACAAGAGAAUAAUCCAAGAAAGAGUUGUUAGCCGCAGGGAAGUUGAAUUCAAUAUCUUGAAACAGGAGAGACAGGAACGAAUAAACCAGAUAAUUCAGACAAGGAAACAGGACAGGGACACUAGGAGGAAGCUGAUAUUCUUUCUGCGAAGUGAGGAAGAACAACAGAAGAGGUUGCAGGAAGAGGAGGAAGCGCGGAAACGUGAAGAAGUGGAGAAGCGGAAGAGAGAGGAAGCUGAACGGAAGGCCAAGUUAGAUGCGAUUGCAGAAAAGCAGAGGCAACGUGAGCUAGAACUUGAAGAGAAGAAAAGGCUGGAGAGAGAGGUGGUCUUGCGGAAAUCCACACCUGUGUCAUCAAGGCCUGCUGAGACUUCGCCGGUAGGUCGUCCCUCAGAAGCUGGAGCAACUGCUCCCGCAGCAGCAGCAGCAGCUGCACCUACUCCCGGGAAAUUCGUGCCCAGGUUCAAAAGAGAGAAAACUGAUGUGCCAGGCCAGGCUCCACCUCCCGAAACUGACAGGUGGGGCAGUGGCAGCAGGCCUGACGAUCGACCAUCUGAUAGAUGGGGGCGUGAUGAACGAAAGCCGCCUUCAUUUGGUGGUGGCUCAAGGACCAGUUGGUCAUCCUCUAGGCGCAGUUAAUUGCGGAGAAUUACGUUGCGGCCUCGAUCAAGACAGAUGCAUUGUCAAGAUAUUUAUUGCAGAAAUUCAAUUUCGGCCUUUUGUUG